AAAAAAAAAAAAAACAUAACCAAUCCAUUAAUGCCUUCUUCAAAGCUUUCAAAGCCGUCGAGCGAAACAAAGAAUGAAAGAGAAAACGAGUCUGUGGUUUUCGACUCAUCGAUUCUUCAAAACCAAUCCGAUAUCCCCUCGCAGUUCAUUUGGCCUAACCAUGAAAGGCCAAGCUCAGAAGCACCAGAACUCGUUGUCCCGCCAAUUGACUUGAAGGGCUUUCUAAGUGGAGACAUUUCGGAAGUCUCGAGUUCAUGUCUGUUAGUCAAUGAGGCAUGCAAGAAACACGGUUUCUUUCUUGUUGUCAACCAUGGAAUUGACCUUCAGCUUGUUGAGAAAGCUCACGAGUACAUGGACUUGUUCUUUGGUAUGAAACUUUCAGAGAAGCAAAAAGCUCAAAGGAAGAUUGGUGAGCACUGUGGAUAUGCUAGUAGCUUCACUGGCAGGUUCACCUCCAAACUUCCAUGGAAAGAGACACUUUCUUUCAGAUAUUGCCCUGAUGAGCAUGACUCUAACAUUGUUGAAGGUUACAUGGUGAAUGUAAUGGGUGAAGAUUUCAGACAUUUUGGGAAGGUAUACCAAGAAUAUUGUGAAGCCAUGAACAAUCUCUCACUCCAAAUCAUGGAGCUAUUUGGAGUGAGUCUUGGAGUUGGCAGAGAGUAUUUCAGAGAAUUCUACGAAGGAAACGAUUCGAUAAUGAGACUGAAUUACUACCCAAAAUGCCAAAAACCAGAUCAAACACUUGGUACAGGGCCUCACUGUGAUCCAACUUCCUUAACAAUCCUUCAUCAGGAUCAAGUUGGUGGCCUUCAAGUAUUUGUAGACGAAAAGUGGCACUCCAUAACUCCUGUACAGGAUGCUUUUGUUGUCAACAUUGGUGACACAUUCAUGGCUCUUUCAAAUGGGAUAUUCAAGAGUUGCUUGCAUAGAGCAGUGGUAAACAACACCAGUGUGAGAAAAUCACUUGCUUUCUUUCUCUGUCCAAAGAAAGAGAGGAUUGUAACCCCACCAAGAAGUUUGGUCAAUACCCAAAAUCCAAGAACGUAUCCGGAUUUUACAUGGUCUACUUUGCUUGAAUUUACUCAUAAACAUUACAGGGCAGACAUGGCAACCUUGAAAGCUUUUUCUGACUGGAUUGUAAAUGGACAGAAUGUCAAUUGAGACUCAUUUUCUAUAAGAUAUUAUUAUUAUUAUUAUUAUUUUUCUAUCAUUAUUAAAAGUGUUAUAUUUAAUUAAUUUAGGCUGUUCAAGAAAGUGAUAUGAGGGAAAGUGAAAUUACAAAAAAAAAAAAAAAAAAAAAAAAGAGGCAUAAGUUAGGGAGAGAAUUGGUGUUUUUUGUGGGUACAAAAAGAAAAAGCCAACAGAAACACCAGAAAGAGAGGCCAGGUUUCUGUAAUUAGGCUAUGUUAAUUAUUACUUUUUUGGUUGGAGAGAAUCAUGUAAAUGGAAAUAAGCUAUU